AUGGACGAAAACAUCGGCCCCAGCCAUGAAGGGCCCGCGGCCGCUCUGUCUGCGAGUGCGGCAUCGCACUUGAUGACCAGCUUCGCCGCCUACGAGCCCAUCUCGCGUGCCACCUCGCCUGGCCUGCCAUUCUCCAAGUCCGACGACGACGACAAGCGGCGAUACCGACAGCGAACCUUUGCAUACUUCCGCCAGCUGCCCUUUGAGGUCGAGGAGGAGGCCCAGCGCGAUGCUGCCCUCCAGGGCAUCCUCAAGCAGCUGUACAUAUCCAUCCAGGCCGAGGACUUCUCGCCCGGUGCGCUGCACUGGACUAGGGAGCUCCAGGGAUGGCUGAACCUCAAGUUUGAGAUGCCCAGAGACCUGAGGGCCAAGCUGGCCAAGCUCUACUACUCGCUGGCUCUGGCUCCCGGCAUAGACAGCAACGUUGCUGACAGAUUUGUCCGAAUGGCUGUCAAUCUGACGAGGAAGAAUCAUUAUCUGAAGCCCGGCGAAGAUCUGACCCUCGACUGGAGACUCCUCUGGGAUGAGGUCAAAGCAUAUGUGCUGCCCUCCGAGGUGGCAGCUCACCAGGCCAGCCGAAGACGAGCCGCCAAGCAGCUCCUGAGGCUGUCCCUCAAUGCACACACGUACUUCGACCCCAGAGAGAGGUUAGCGAUGAUGCAGGAGUUUUUGCCCUUCUUCAGCCUCAACGACUUCCAGAACGCCUUCGUCGUAAUAGGAGCUCUCAACAGCCUCCUGCCCAGCCACCCCGCCCCGGAAUCGGACGUGGGAUCGCACCCAGCCGACUUCUUCCCGACCCUCUUCCACCUGUGGUCCUUGGUCAACAGAUCCAAGGUCGUCGACGUGGCCUUUAUAGACUUGUUCUCUCGGAUAGCAAGAGACCAUAGCAACUGCUCCUACAUUUCCUUUGGGGAGCAUGGCAUCUUCACAAAGGCUCAAUCCGACCUCAUCUUUACGGCAAUUCUGCGGCUCACCCAGAUCCCGGUUGGCCAGGCCAAUUCGCCCUAUUCACCCCUCGAUUAUCUGGCUGGAACCGGCGUGUACUUUGAAAAGGAUAAGAAAAAGUAUCCGAUUGCCUAUAUGAUCGCCCGACUCAUUGUGAGCUCUCUGUCUCCCAUCUGCUGCGAGCAUGACGAGUCCAUCAUGUCGAGUCUAGAAGGCCUGAUAGAGUCUAUCGAUACCUUCUUCCACCCCUCCAACCAGGGUGCCUGGUCGGGUAUGCUUGCCCAGCUGGUUUUGUACCUCACGGAUGCCUUUGUGUCCCGGUGGAACCGCGAACAGAGCUCGGAGCUAGAAGUUCCCAAGGAUCGUAAGAUCAACGACGCCUUGAAGAAGCGCUUCGUCAGCACUCUCAAAGAAGUCACUUUUAUGGGAAUCUUCUCCAAGAGCACUCGUGUUGCGCAGAUAUAUAAUAAUGCGCUACAGGGUCUGGCCUACCUCGAGCCUGACCUGGUUCUUCCCGGUGCACUGCAGCGCUUCUACCCGAGUCUUCAGGGCUUGGUCGAGGUUCACAGAACCACCUCCAGUUUGAACGGCCUACAAAUGAUUGCCAACGUCAUGUCCAAGCUCAAGGGCUACCGUUGCCACAUUACUGCUCUCUUGGCCCUGGCGCUCCCCGGUAUCGACGCGAACGACUUGAACAAGACGCAGUAUACCCUGCAUUUCAUCCAGGCUGUCGCUUACAGCAUUCCCAUCGUUCCCCUGACGAGCGGGGAGAGCCACAUCCAUGACACGACUUUGGCCAUGGAAUGGGUACAGGGUGAGAUGGCUCGCAUGGAGCUUGAGGGGCAGAAUGUCAAGAUUGACUAUAAUUCUGAACUCACAGACGAAGACGAGGCCAUGAUAUUGAGAUCCUCGACUGCAGGGUUUGGCGAAUUUAUCAUCACGCUCCUGGGCAAAGUCUUUACUUUGCUGGAGAACCUCCCUGACGCUAACCAGGUGAGGGGAGGAACACCAGAGGACAGUGUUGUCAAUGCCCUACCCGCCGCUCUUUCUCCUCUGUUCGCGUCAAUGUCAGCGGAUCUCUUCGACAUUACUCUGGAAAAGAUUGCGACGUUUGUUUCAUCGCACGUUGUCCACCAAGCCCGUGAUGCCAUGGCUUGGAUCCUCAACGCCCUCUGCAAGGUCAACCCGGAGAAGACCCUCAAGGUGUUUAUCCCCAUGCUUGUGGUCAAUAUUCGCAACGAGAUCGAUCUCAACCACGCAGCUUCAGACCGUACUACCGGUACGGACUAUCUCCCCAGAGAUCGAGCCCUGGUGUGGUAUGUCACCAUGCUAGCCAUGGCCGUUGUGCACGUUGGCCGUGAGGUCCUCAACUACAAGGACGAGCUGCUCGGAAUCGCGCAGUACAUGCAAGAAAAGUGCCGAGGUUUGCCCACUAUUCUGGUCUCCAACUACAUCCAUCAUCUGUUGCUCAACCUGACGCACACUUACCCCAUCGACCAUGCCCUGUACGAGCCCGAUGUUCUCGAGAGAGGUCUUGAUGUCGCCGACUGGGGCAAGACUACUACGCCUGCUGACCUUACCAUUAAAUGGCACCAGCCGUCGCCGCCAGAGAUUGAGUUUGCUGUGGAGCUUUUUGCUUCGCAAAUCAAGUCAGCGACCGACCAGCUGGAGCUUUUGCUAAGCGAUAAUCCGCCCGUGAGUCGAAAGGGCAAGAACAAAGAGUGGUCCGACGAAGUAUCCCGGUUGAUGCAGCAGAUUCGCCUGGUUAUUAGCGGCAUGGCCACCAUGUUUGACCCGAAGCGGGCUUCAGGAGAGACUGCCACGAAGGCUGGUGGCGGCGAUGUCGACAUGGAUAUUGAUGUAGAAGAAGCAUCUGGGGAUGUCGGAGAUGACGACCCCCUUGCAGAGGUCGCCGAAGACGAAGAGCUGCGUCCUCAGUACAGGUACAAGGCUGGAUACCUACUGAGCCCAAGUGACCCUGUCUAUGAGCGCAUCCAUGAUUUGCGCGAGCAGCUUGGUGAACUUCUGACCAAGACACACGCGUUCCUCACACGAAACGAGGAGGAUGAUGUUGAAUGCUUCACUACCUUGUACAUUGCUUACCGCACAUGGAUCACGGACGUUGGCAUCGAACGGUCGGCGCACCCAUUGGAGAGGCAUUUGCGACUGUACAAAUGCGAUAUUGCCGCCUUCAAGAUCAAGGGCCUGAGAAAGGUUUAUCCCCGCCCUCUGCUCAUCAAGCGCGCUGAGGCGUAUCAGAUGCUGCGCAUGAAGCACAAUGCAUCGGCUCGGCAAAAGAGCGAAUUGGACAAGCGGCUUUUGUUGGAUCUUGCACAGUCAUGUCUUUCUUCGUACGCAGACGUCCGUCGUAUUGCCCAGGGUGCGCAAGACUCGUCGCUCAAGGUGCUCAUUGGUGGCAAGCCAUUGGUUAUCCCCGUCCUCUUGGAGGGUUUCAAAAAGAGUAUCGACACAAACGACCACGAUCGAGUCAAGGGAGCCAUGUAUUCCCUGUUCUUCACGUCGCUGCUGAGGACGCUUAUCAGAGACUGGAGAUUUGCCCCCGAAGCCUUGCGUCUCUAUAUCGAGACUGCUGGCAUCGACAAGCCCUCAAUACAAACCCUUGGGACAUCCGUCAUCUAUUCGCUGAUAGAAUUUGGGAAGCCUUUUGAGAAGACUGUCUUGAUCGACACCUCCUUGGUAGACACCAUCAAACCCGAUGAGGACGUCUCAUCGCCAAUUCGCACUCGCAACCAGUUCAUUCUGCAGAGGCGAGACAAGGUGGAAGCCUCCAAGGCAGAACUCGGACUGUGGCUGAUCAAGUUGGCCAAGGGAGCGCACUGGAAGAUAGCAUCCCGGUGUGCCAUUUUUGCAACCAACCUUUGCCUCCGCUUCGACACAAUCGCCCCCAUGGAAUUCGUGGACUUGGUUGCGUACGGUACGAACGAUCCGCAUCCAGGCCUGAGAAACUAUUAUCUCUCUGCCUUUACUACACUCUUCUCGACCAUUGAUAUGCGAGCGGUUUAUGAUCACGAUUUCAACAACUAUCUGCUUGAAAAGGAAGUGGAUUAUAGGAACAAAAUCCAGGUGCCUGUAGAAAAGGGCGACGCUGAGUUUACCCAAAAGUUCCUGGAUGCAUUUGAGUCACCUCUCGAAGAGGCCGAAUACAUGGUGGAUGCUGACCACCCCGGAUGGUUGGUCUGGGGUAAAACCUUUACCGCGUUCCGAGCUCGUCCCAAGUACUUUGACAACUACGAUGAUACAGAGCGAGCGGUGCGUGACCACAUUGGCAAGAUUCUGACCAAGGAUACGGACAGAUUCCGCAUGCAUGAGGUUUACCUUCUCAUGCACGUCUUUGACCUUAUGCAUUAUGGUCGGACGGUCGUCACUCUGGAAGACGUCAAAGAGCUCACUACAGAGCUCUACGGGGAUGGUAACGAUAAGCAUCAGCACCGUGCUACGUCGGAGAUUCUUGGUGCGUUACUUGCCGGAUCCAGCGAUGAUCCGCCGGAGAUUCGAAACAAGGUCUGGGAGUUUGCCGCGCCCUUUAUUUUGAAGAUCUUUGAGAAUGAUUUGACCCCGGAGAAUUUGCAAUACUGGCUGACUUGCAUUCAUCUCAUCCUUGACUCCAAGGACCCGCGUCGGGCUCAUGAGAUUGUGGAUGCCCUCAAGUCGUUCCGUCUCGACAUGAACUCUAAUGCCGCCUUCAAGGAGUCUUCCAAGAUUCAGUUGCUCGAGUUUUCGAUAGCUGAUGCCGGAUGGCAUUUCCGCCAGGAAAAGCCGCUUUUGGACGAUUUCUUGGCUCACAUUGACCAUCCUUACAAGGCCGUGCGUGAGGCUAUUGCUCGUGUUAUAUCUAUCAUCUAUAAGACGAGGUAUUACGAAGCGUUUGAGAAUGUGCCGGCACUGCUAGAAGCCAACAAGAAGGCGUCAUCGACUGGUCUGCGGCCAUACAAAGCCUCGGAGGACUUUACGGCUACAAUCAUGAACACGUUUGACCGGCUCGAGAAGUGGCGCCUUGAGCGAACCCCAGGACAGCAGGAACAGUCUCAAUACACGUCCGGAUCCAAGACUGUGCUGGUGUGGCUAGAUUGUACAUUGUCGUCUCACGAGUGCAGUCAGCUGGUACCAUUCUUUGCAACCCCAUUCAUGGACCAGCUGCUUCACAUGAUGGACGUAAAGGAAGAUCCGGAACUCAUGAAGUUGGCGUAUCAUGUAUACCGCCACCUCCCAAAUAUCCCUUUCCGUGACGGAGAAGAUGCUCAAUUCAUCGAUGGACUUGUCAGAAUUGGCAGAACCGCGGCUAGCUGGCAUCAACGGCUACGCGCGCUUGUCAAUAUGCAGGUCAUUUACUUCCGCCGCAUUUUCCUGACGGAAGAGCCCCAGCGCGACCUAUUGUUCACCACUGUGUCGGACAUGCUCGGCGACCCUCAGCUGGAAGUUCGAGCGUGUGCAGCGACAACGCUUGCCGGAAUGAUUCGCUGCUCUCCUAGCCGCAUCCGCGACCCCAUGAUUGUGCGCCUCAAGCGUCGCUUCGAGACUGAGCUGGACCAAAACCCCAUGCCUAAGCGUGGACCCAAGCUCCCCGGAACGGAGACUCCUGUCGACGUGCACAAGCAAAUCAACAGGAGACACGCCGCCGUCUUGGGUCUUGGUGCUCUCAUCGAGGCCUUCCCAUAUGCGACGCCGCCUCCUAUGUGGAUGCCAGAGGUUCUGGCGACUGUGGCUCGACGAGCUGCGGGUGAUCCAGGAGUUGUUGGUAAGGCCGCCAAGGGAAUUCUUAGUGAGUUCAAGAAGACGAGGCAGGAUAGCUGGACCGUUGAUCAAAAGUACUUCACUCAGGAGCAACUAGAGGACUUGGAAGGAGUCCUGUGGAAGAGCUACUUUGCUUGA